CAGCGAUCAGCCAUCCCCGACACAGCAACCCAUAAUAGCUUCAUUAUACCACCAAAAACAUUAAACAUGAUCGUCCUCCUAGCCUCCCUCCUAACCUCCGUCCUCGCAACCCUCUACUUCACCCACCGCUCCCUCCGCUUAACCCUUCACGCUCACCAUGAACGCACUCUCCCUCCCUCAACUUCAACCCGCAUAACCUCGCUCCCGGCAGAUCUCACCCACUCUCCCGAGAAAUACAGCAUCUUCUAUGAUCAAGCCUCGCGACCAGUGCCCAGGAGACUCCUCCCGGACAUUCCGCUCCCGGAACUACUAACCGCACUCCUCCGCCGGAACAUGACAGCCUUCUCACAUUUCCCGCAGGCGUGGCUAUUACGCCUGAACUGUCCCACGGAGAGGGGAAGUUUCUGUAGUAGUUAUAUUCAGAAACUAGAAUUCGGACAGGGAGAGUGCGUCUGUGGCGUUUACCGUGUUGCUGCGCGGGAGGACGAUCGGGUGGAGUUGGAGAUGAGUCGUGGGAAUGUGGCUGGGCGGUUAGUUAUUGGGUACGUUGUUGGUAAAGACCGGGAGACGGUGACGUUCUCGAAUGAGACGGUUAUGUGGUGUAGAAGGGAUGAAGGGAAGCUUCCGUUAGAGAACAGGGUUGUGCGAUUCUUUCAUGAGAUGACGGCUUGGUGGUUGAUGGAUUCGGGGGUUUGUUAUCUUAUGGAUAUGGAUGGCAGUGAGGGCGAGGAAAAGUUAGCUUUUGGAAAGAAUGGCUAGUGAUUUUCGUUAUUAGGGAUGUUCAUUGUUCGCUGACGGGAUGUACCGUGAUUCCUUUGAUGCCGUCGGGAAUGACAAGGUCACGAAUGAGACAAGGAC